AUGAUGCCGCAGGUGCCCACGUCCCGGCCCAAACCGCCGCCGCCGGGCGAGGAGGAGGCUGGGGCCGAGCUGCGGCUGGGCGAGUUCGAGGGCGUGGAGACGCUGUCGUUGUCGGAGGCAUGGCUAGUGAUCAACGCCCUGAUGGCCAAGCGGCGCAAUGACCAGAAGAACGUGAACGAGACAGAAGUCCUCACUAAGACUGUCGACUACCUGGACGCGUUUGCUCGGUUCAAGCGCAAGGAGAACGUCGAGGCGGUCGAGCGGCUGCUGGCAUCACACACGGAGCUGACCAAGUUCGAGCGUGCCGCACUAGGGUCGUUGUGCCCCGAAGGCGUAGAGGAGGCCAAGACGCUGAUUCCGUCGCUGACGAACAAAAUUGGCGACGACGACCUGUUGGAACUGCUCGAGGAGAUGGGCAAGCUGCAGGGCUGA